ACAUAUUACCAUCUGGCUUUGAAUCUUUUUGACACCAAUGUUGCCGAACUCCUCGUGUCAAUGAUAACCAUAGCCUCGUUGUUAAUAGUGAAGGAGUGCAUCAAUUCCCGUUGCCAAAGAACCAAACUGAAAAUGCCAGUGCCAAUAGAGCUGCUUGUGGUUGUUGUUGGCACAUUGGUGUCUUUCACGAGCAAUCUCCCUGACAAUUAUGGCGUAGCUAUCGUUGGAGAUAUACCUACAGGAAUCCCCGCCCCGACGUUGGAACCGCUGAAUAAUCUCCGUUACCUGUGGCUGAUUAUUGAUGCCUUCUGGAUAGCUCUGAUCUCUUUCACCAUCUCAGUAUCUCUGGGGAAGCUGUUGGGGAAGUUGCAUGAUUAUGAAAUAAAUCCUGAUCAAGAGCUUUUGGCAUUUGGCGUUUGUAACUCGGUGGGCUCACUUUUCAGUACUUUCUGUUGUGGAGGUGCUAUGUCUAGGAGUAUGGUUCAACAUUCCAUGGGUGUUAACACUCAGCUGUCGGGUCUCCUGAACAGUAUCUUGACUUUAGUUGUGAUGUUGUUCGUGGGGCCUCUCUUCCGAACUCUACCUCGUUGUAUAUUAGCCUGCAUUGUGUUGGUUGCUUUGAAAGGGAUGUUUAUGCAGUACAAAGAUCUCCCAAAACUGUGGAAUAUAUCAAAAUAUGAUUUUGCUAUGUGGAUAGUUAUGUACCUAGCUGUGCUGCUUCUUGGUGUUGAUAUCGGUCUUGUUACUGGAGUAGGCUUCUCGCUUUUCACAAUCAUAUUGAGGUCUGCAAGACCAUACUGUUGUUUAUAUGGUCAAGCAGAUGAUUCUGACAUAUACAGAGACAAAACAAAAUAUGAAUAUGUGAAAGAGCUUGACGGGAUCAAAAUAUUUCAUUUUGAGGCCUCGUUGUAUUACGCCAAUGCAGAUCACUUUCGUCGAUCCCUGUUCAAGUUGACCAAUGCAAACCCGCUGGCACUGAAGAAAGAUAGGAGGAAAUUUGGUAAAAGAAAGCGCAGAUUCGAGGAACGCGUGCAGAAGCAGCUGAGGAAGAAAGAAAAAGACAGUGGGAAACAGGACGAUAAGAAGCCGAGUGGUUCAGACAGUCAAGCCAAUUUGUCUCAGACAAGUCUUGAACUCCAAUCGCCGCAACCUUCCCACGUCGUUCCCACACAGGAAAUCCCAACUAUCUCGACUGGUCGUCCAACCGUUAGACCCUUCAGAAGAAUGGACACUUCCUACGGGAUCAACAUCGCCCCCGUUUCCUCCACGGCCCCUGCACCACCUGCCAACACCAGCGAAUAUCAAGAAGCACAACCAAGUGGACCCUUGAGCUUUUUGAAGAAGGCACUACACUUUAGGAAGGACAGAGUGAGACUAGAUUCCGAGUUUAGUGUGAAAGUCAAUCCUGUUAGAGCCCAAGAUUAUCAUGAGGGCACCCCCCAAACAUCAAUGGAUCCCCGACCGGUUGUAAGCGGCAGAUAUCUACAAGCUAUCGAGGAAGACCCAGAGACUGGAGGUUAUGAGGAAUACCACAUGUCGGACGAUAUUCCUGUGUUUGAAGAGGAGCCACCGAAUUUUGAUAUUAGCCAUAUAGUUCUUGACUGCUCAGCCAUGAUGUACACCGACGCCGUUGGUGUCAAGGUCCUUAAUCAGGUUAUAAAUGAUUACAAAAACGUUGAUGUGAUGGUGCUUUUAGCAGAUUGCAGAG